AUGUCUGUUCCACUUUCGAAAGACUCGACCAUUCUCAUCAUCGGAGCCGGCACGUGGGGGAUUUCCACAGCUCUGCACCUGAAAAGACGAGGAUAUAAGCAUGUCACUCUUCUUGAUCCCUAUCCGGUACCCUCUCCCAUAUCCGCCGGUAACGAUGUCAACAAGAUUCUCGAGCUAGGAACCUUCGCCGCUGGUGCCGACGCCGACGAGCGGUUCGUUGCCAAUAAAUUAGUGAGCGAGGCGACCAAAGGCUGGCUUGAGGAUCCUGUCUUCAAACCCUACUUCCACGAAACGGGCUGUAUCAUCGCUGCAACUUCGAAGGAUGGACUUGCCCAUAUGAACUCGGCCAGUGGUCCGAGCGAGAGUGCCGGCUGGCUGCCUCUCAAAACGAAAGAAGAUUUCCAGGCAACGAUGCCAAAAGGUGUCUUGACGGGAGACUUUCCCGGCUGGGAGGGCUGGUGGAUGAAGAAAGGUUCCGGCUGGAUACACGCAAGAAAGUCCAUGGAAAGCGCGGCCAGAGAAGCAGAACGCCUUGGCGCGGUUUUCAUCACUGGCGAGGAGAAGGGCAAAGUUGAAAGCCUUGUUAUCGAAGACGGCGAUAUCAAAGGAGCCAAGACACUAAAUGGGUUCGAGCACCGGGCAGACCGUACGAUACUUUGUGCUGGUGCAAAUGCUGGUAUCAUUUUCGAAAUGAAGGAUCAACUGCGUCCUACAGCCUGGACUCUAGCGCACAUCAAGAUGACUAAAGAAGAGCUGCAGCUAUUCAAGAAUCUGCCAGUCCUGUUCAACAUCGAGCGAGGCUUCUUCAUGGAGCCUGACGAGGAGAAGGGCGAGCUAAAGUUGUGCGAUGAGCAUCCCGGCUACUGCAACUGGACAGUUGAUCCACAGAACCUUGUGCUUGGGUGUGGUGCCUCGGGCCAUGGCUUCUGUCACAUCCCAGUCAUCGGUGGNAUUGUGAGUACACCAUACUAUUUCGUGGUAGUAAUACAUGUAGCUGACCGUGUACACAGUAUCACGGAUGCUAUGGAAGACAAGCUGGAUCCACGUAUGGAACACAGCUUUCGUUGGCGUCCCGAGACGGCUGUGAACCGCGAGUGGGAAGAUCUGCAAGAUAGACAUGGCCCUGAGGGAUCGAACAGAAUGAUGAACUUUGGUGACAUUGUGGAAUGGACAAAUAUACAGCCAGAGAUUGCAGAAGCCAAGCUCUGA